AGGAGGGUUUCUGUGACUGGGUCUGCUAAAGUUGCCAGGAUGUGCAGGUCGGGCGGACAGGUCACUAAGCGGCCACUGCAGACAGGACAGGAUGCCCCGGGAACUGCGCAGCACGCUGGACUCCAUCCCCUCCCUUUCACUUCCUAGCUCCAUCAAAAGAGAGCCUUCCAUAAUCCUUUCGACCACACCCCUGCCUCAGAAGUCAGUUCUCUUCUUCCCAUCUACUUCCAACCCCUUUGCUCUUUACCCAUUUGUAACGAUUUUGUUGUUCUUACUUUACGAAGUGCAUUUCUCUGUUCUAUCCCAUGGCUGACUGGGAGAGCUUCUUAAUCUUUUCCCACUCUAGGCAGUUAGUGAGCUGGGGUGAUUCAUUAUUAGUGUGAAGUAGUCUAGGGAAACUUCCGGACACUAAGACCCUAAUGAGUAAGUUGUUUUCUGUACACUUACACACAUGUCUAGGUGUCAACUUAACUUUUCAUGUCUCAGGCAACACAGAAAGUGGUCAAGAAAUAGCUUGUGGUAAAGGAAGGAAUGUGAUGCCCAUAGCUAGAGGAGAGGAAAGUACAGUUUUUUUAUUUUACUCUCUUAGCUUAUUAGAUACUAGUUCAAAUUUAUGUGGAAAGGACUCCAGAGGGGUAAUACAUAAGGUGAGGCUAUACAUGAAAGGGCUACUGAGUGGGGCAAAUCUGGUUUAAGGUGCAGGAAGAAUGCUUAUACCUUAUUUAAGAAGGUGUCCUUUGUGUGACAAUAUCCCUGGGGAGAUGUGAGCCAAAGCUUGCUUACCGCUGAUGGUCUGUCUAUGGCAGACCAAAGUAAGGGUGCUAGCCAAACCCAACUUGAUGAACCAAUCACUUUUAUUGGAGUUAUGCAAAUGAAUAUGUUAAAGAGCUAUUUUUAGGGUCAGAAAUGACUGAGAGCUGGACCACCAAAAGCCCACUCCAGCAUGGCUGAGAGCUCAAAAUGCUGGAAACAGGAAGAACAGUGCACAGUCUGAGAGAAGCUCCUUAUGAGUUAUGGAGGACAGUGACGACAGCGAUGCAAAGCUCCAAGAAGAAAUAGAAGCUGAAUUGGAUAAAAUCAGCAUUUCUUCCUUGGAAAAUGAUGAGGUUGAAAACGAUUCAGAAUCAGAAACUCAGAGUGAUGAUAGUGACACUGAUGUACUUGAAUUGCCAGAGUCAGUUCUUCAUUAUUUCAGCGUCAUAAAGAACAAGAGUAAAACUGCUGAAGAGCUCAUUCUUCAGGACUUGGAAGAUACUGAUGUCUUCAGUUGUAGUUAUGGCGCAGUGUCUGACAGUCAUAUGCAUUUGAGAACUGGAUCAGCAUCACCUGAAUCUAAAGCAAAUUCUGAGCAAUUAAUGAAGAUAUUAUCUGUAAUAGACAAGGAAGAAUUUAUGAGAAGUCUAGCUCCUUCUGCCAAGCGUGUAUCUGUUCCUGAGCCUAUUACUCUUGACAUAUCCAUGGAUGAAUAUGUUUUACCAGAUGAGGCUGAUUUGAGUUUUGGAUACUUUGAAGUAGAAGAACGAUGUAGAAAAUCUUUUGAAGCUUGGCAGGACAAACAACAGGAACUAGAAGUAAAAGAUAAAGCAAUUCUGGAAGCCCAGAGUGACAGGGAAAAACAGAGCUUUCAAGAGGAAGAUGAAAAGAGACAAUGCUGGAUAAGACAGUUUGAAGUUGAAAAGAAAAAAUUAGAGAAUCUUCAUAAGCAAAACCAAGACAAGAUGAAUGAUGAACUCCAUAAAGAAGAGAAAAUAUGGAAAGAAAAAUACAGACAGCAUGAGGAACGUAUCAGAAACUUGCAUUUACAAAUGGAGGAGGAGAGAACAAGAUUAAGGGAGCUACGAGAAAAAGAAAAAGCACGUUUAUUCAAACUGCAGCAUGAUGCAGCUGUAAAAAUUCAAGCCAAUUAUAGAGCAUGGGUAACUUACCGGAAGUAUAGCCCAAUCAUAAGAGAGCAAAUCGAAAAGAAAAAGAGGAAAGCACAGGAGUUGAAAGAGAAGGAGGCAAAGAUACGACAGAAGGAGGAAGAAAGGAGGAGGAGAAUUGAAGAGGAACAGAGAAUAAAGGAGGAGAGGAAGAAGAAGAUGCUAGAGGAGAGGAGGAGGCGGGAAAAGGAAUACGAAGAGAAAAAGAGCAUCCUGAGACAAGAGAGAGAAGAGCAAAAAAGCAAGGAAAAGAGACUGAGGGAACAUGCCCACUCACCGCUGAUCAUCACCUGUGCUUUAAAGAAAGGAGAAUGUCAUGGCAAGCAGCAAGCUAUUGUACAGAUGUCAAAGAGUAAGGGUAGUAUAGACAAAGAGUCGGUGGGCAGUGACUCAAAGAAGCAAGAAGAUACUUGCCUAGUUCACCAAUUAAACAAGAGAGAAAAUAUGCAUAAACAGAUUGCAUUGAAGGAAUCGACAGGAAUUAAAUUAAAACCAAGCCAGGACAUUUUGGCAGAAUUAAAACUGAACGAGAAAAUUGAAAGUUUACCAAAAUUAAAAAUGAAUGAAAACUUUUCAAACAACCAAUGUUCAGGUUCAGAACAAUCUGCUGACCAAGAAAUUAACUCUGAAAAUAGAGACCUAAAAAGUGACUUGGAAAACUCUGACCUAACGGAAAAUGUGAACGAACAGUGCCCAGGGCAAGAACUAAACUCUGAAACUCAAAUGGAGGGAUGGGUAGAGCAUGCCCCGAAGGAGAAUGUGGGACAAGAGACCCAAAAACUCUUUGGAUUCAGGGAAGAAAUGAGUGAAGAGGACAGUAAUGAAGCACCGGAAAUCAUCGAGGAGAAUCAUGAGAGAAUGACUGAAGAGAUAGAAAUCAAAGAGAUGACAGAGCAAGAUGGGUCAUCAUGUGAGGAGAAUAAUAGUUCACCUAUUUCCAUACAGAAAAACCUACCACCACUGAUACCAGACAAUCCUGAACCUGUAGAAAGAAGUGUAACACUAGCAGAAGAUGAAGAGACUGAUUUAAAAUCAGAAAGAAUUGAGGAAAUCCCAGAAGGUGUGCUGGCUUGUGAUGCUUCAACCAUUAAAUCAAAUGCUUCUGUGCUCACAGAAGGCAAGGCAGACCUGCAGGAUUCUUUCUCAGGCAAACUUGCUCCCAGUGAAGAAGCGGGUAGUCACAGUGCUUGUUACCUCUUGGUCACUGACGAAGGGGAAGACUCUCCUAAAUCUGAGAUUAAAGAAACUCUGGAAGAAGGGAAACAAACAGAGUCUGAAGGUGUUGGUGUCCUGGCUUGCUCUUCUUCACAGAUAACAGUAUUAUCUUCAAUUGAGGAAAAGAGACUAGCUUGGGUAAGAUCGUUUAAACCUUGGACCGAAAUCUUUGAGCAAAAUCAACUUAAGAAAAUCGUUAAAAAAAGGAGACUUGUGAAGUGCUCACCAAAUACAAUGCCUGCUUUGGAUCCUUCAGCCAUUCUCCAGCUUGGCCCUUGGAAAACUCUACAGCAGGUUACUGCCAUUACAUUUCAGGAUUUGCCCAGCUGUAGUCUCUCUAUACUUGCAGAGUGCUCCAAUCUUCAGCUCCUGUCUCUCCAACGCUGUGGAUUAACUUCCUUGCAGGGCCUGAGCCACUGCACAAACCUUAAGUAUAUCGAUGCACAGGAAAACCACAUUGAGACUAUCAGUUGUGAAAAUUUGGAAAAUCUCUCUGUUGUUCUUCUUAAUAAAAACCUGCUGACUUCUAUUCAUGGUUUCGAUGGAUGCACCAAUAUCCAAAUCCUGGAACUUUCAUAUAAUAAAAUCACUCGAAUCAGUGGUUUAGAAUCUUUGAAAUAUCUUCAACAACUGAUUGUGGACCACAAUCAGCUAAUUAGCACUAAAGGUCUUUGUGAAGUACCCACCAUCGUGUACCUGGACUGCUCACAUAACCAUCUUACUGAUGUUGAUGGCAUUGGAAAUUGUGGAUUGCUCCAAAUAGUAAAGUUGCAGGGAAAUUACCUAAGAGAGCCUCCAUCCUUAAGAAAUCAUGUUCUCCUCAGAGAGCUGCAUUUGGACGACAACAGCAUCUCAAGUGUGGAAGGACUUUCUUCUUGUUGGUUGCCUUUACUACAAAUUCUAAGUAUCUCACAAAACAGUUUAGCAACAAUUGUACCACUUUUUCAUUUUGUGUCUUUGGAAAAGCUAGAUGUCAGCAACAAUUGUCUUUCUGAUCUCACAAAUGUCAUGUGUUGGUUCAAUGCAUGCUACUCUCUCGGUGAGCUUUGUCUCAUUGGAAACCCAGUACUACAGGAAGUAAACUGGAGACAUUCUAUACUUCAAGCAUUACCUGCUCUGAGAGUCCUCAAUGGUGACAUGCUGAAUUCUUCCUCCAAUGUCCAUAUUGAAGAAUACUAUCAUCAAGACCUAAGAUAUUUCUUGGCACUUUGUCAGUACCAACUUCAAGAGUUCAACUUAUUAUUUGAAAAGUCUAUCACACAGAGGGGGGACAUUCUCAAUAUGCGUGCUGCUGACAGACUCUCACAGUACUAUAAAGACUUGAUGAGACUCAGUAAUGAAUGCAGACUUGCACAUGAACAAUGGGAUGUCAAUAUUACCAAGAGGUCUGCAGUAGAAACCAAGAAAGACCAUCCAGCUUUUCCAAACAGUGACAGCACACUUCACAACAGGACCUUUCAUCCUCAGGCUAACGAUUGUAAGGCACAUUCACCAGCAAUUUCUACAAUCCUGUUGGACACUGCCUCUAAACCUUCCACAUCAAACUGUGAAGAACUGAAAGGAAGAGAUCAGGAAAAGCUUAUGGAGCAGAAGAGUAAACACAGCAGCAUCAGUAGUCUCUCCACCAUGAAAGCCUCCAUCAUAGAAAUGAAGAUGGCAGAUUCUCCAAUGAGUACUCAUCACAGUGAUGAAAAGUGUGAACCAAGCAAGGCAGCCAUGAUAAUCCAAGCGCAAUGGCGUAGUUACAUUGCACGAAGACAGAUUGAUUACUCUGAAAAACCUUGUCCAACCACAGCGUCAGAACCCUUGUGCAAUUCCUUCAUUAAUGACCAGAUGACUUCCAAUGAAGAAGGAAGAAAACCUAUUAUGAAUAUCCAAGAACAGAGGGAGAAAGCUGCUCUUUGCAUUCAGGCAGUUUGGAAGGGCUUUAUUUUACGAAAGAAACUGGUGACCGCCAUAGAGGCUAUCAAGGAUGAAGAAUCUGGAGAAGAAUAUGAAGAAAUAGAUUUAGAGGAUUUUGAAUUUGAUGAGGUAAGUGCCAACUGCAUCAAACAAAAGUUAUUCUAGUAGUAUUUUGCUAGACUGGGUUAAAGCUAACUCUUCUGCUGGUUGCUGCAGAUGCUGUAGUAAUCAUCACCUUUAAAGACACCCUGGCUACUUUGUGUAUUCUGAGCCAUGCUCUAAGGUGACCAAUAAUGUCAUAUGAUAGGUGCCACUGUUACUUCCUACCCUCUUCUUAAUCUGUCUUCCUACUAUGUACAGACUCUAAGGGGUAAUGGAAUGACUACCAGGCAUUUUGUCCUCUUGAACCAGAUUCCCUAAGGUUAGGGACUUACUUAUCCACACUGGAAACUUUAGGGGGAAGCAUUGAUAGAACACUCUCAUGUAUUUGACCUUAUUCAGAUUUGCACCUUUUCAGAAAGCCCAACUUUUAGUCUGAGACUUAGCUUGGACUGCAGAUGGCAAAUACUUGGCAUUGUUUCCUUCAUCUCCUUUAAAUAGAGUAAUUCCUCAGCUCUUUGCAUUUCAUGAUUAUGAUAUUUUAAGUGAAUAUGAACCUCCCAACUUAUUUGUGCUAUGACAAUGUAAAGUGGAAAAUUCCAGAAAUAAGUAAACAAUUUUAUCAACGGUGCAUAAUCCUGAGCAGUGUGACGAUGUCUGCAAGCAUCAGGCUCCAUCGUGUCUGGAGUCUGAGCUGUCUGCUCUGCUGUUUGUGCUACGUGUCUGCAGCAUAUGCCAUGCCUCUUUGUAAGCUACUUCAUGCUCUUUUAGUUAUUAGGCCAAAUGAUGCACAAAGAUAAUGAUCUUAUUCGAAUAAGGCUUAUUUCAUAGUUGGAGUUGGAAGUGCAAAAUUAAUUGCACUAGUAAUUUUAUUACACUAUCUAAGAAUGUUCGUCCUCUUUUAUUAUUCAAUAUUGUUUUGAACCUCUUACAAAUAAUUAAUAAAUUGAAGUUUAUCACAGAUAUAUAUAUAUACAUACAUGCAUGCACACGUGCGUGCGCGCGCGCGCGCGCACACACACACACACACACACACACACACACACACACACGAAAAUGGUGAAUGUAGAGAUUGAUGUUGACCAUGCUAUCAUGUUCCCAGUGGUACGUGAUAGGGUCUCUGAUCCUAUCUCUAAUCCAACAGCCCCAUCAGUUAAUUGCCUUCGAACAAAGUAGCACAUUGCUGAGAAUUAGUUAUAUAAAAGUAUUUUUCUAAUGUUAAAUGUCUGGUUAUUUUGAAAAUAGGUUAACUGCUUUUCAAAGCAUAUUAAUAUCUUAAAUGUAGCAUCAUUCUAGUUUAGCUACCAAACAGAGCUAAACAAAGAAUUCUCAGCUGAGGAAUAUUGAAUGGCCUAGAAGCACCUAAAAAAAUGCUCAACAUCUUUAGUCAUCAGGGAAAUGCAAAUCAAAACAACCCUGAGAUUCUAUCUCACAACAGUCAAAAUGGCUAAGAUCAAAUACUUAGGUAACAACAGAUGCUGGCAAGGACAUAGAGAAAGAGGAACACUCUUCCAUUGUUGAUGGAAUUGCAAGCUGGUACAACCACUUUGGAGGUUCCUCAGGAAUUGGACAUAGUACUUCCUGAGGACCCAGCUAUAACUUUCCUGGGAAUAUACCCAAAAGAUGCCCCAACAUAAAACAAGGACACAUGCUCCACUAUAUUCAUAGCAGCCUUAUUUAUAAUAGCCAGAGAGGAAUAGAUAUAGAAAAUGUGGUACACCUACAAAAUGGAGUACUACUCAGCUAUUAAAAACAAUGGCUUCAUUAAAUUCUUAGACAAAUGGAUGAAACUAGAAAAUAUCAUCCUGAGUGAGAUAACCCAAUAACAAAAAAAUCACACAUGGUAUUCCCUCACUGAUAACCCAAAAGCUUGGAUUGCCCGAGAUAUAAUACACAGACCACCUGAAGCUCAAAAAAAAGGAAGAACAAAGUGUGGAUGCUUCAGUCCUUCUUAGAAGGGGGAAGAAAAAUAUUCAUAGGAGGACAUAUGGAGACGAAGUUUGGAGCAGAGACUGAAGGAAUGGCCAUUCAGAGCCUGCCCCACCUGGGGAUGCAGCCCAUAUACAUACAGCUCUGUUAUCAUAGUGCCAACAGAAAGAUAGAGACAUUUUUAGGUAACUACAUUAGAAAGUAUGAAGCUUUCUUUUAUAGUCCUUCUGUUUAGUUUGGUUAAACUUAUUCCUAAGUAUUUGGUGUAUUUGCAUAUUAAAGAUAAUUUCAUAAGUUUUAUUCAUUUUCACAUUAAUUUUAGUCAGAUAGUUGACUCCCUCUGUUGGCCUGCAAAAGCAUUGCACUCA